AUGACACCCCAGAACAAGGCCCCAAACCUCAAGAGACCCCUCACCGACUCCCAACCCUCCACCCCAGACAGUGGCUACGAGCUGCAUAUCCCCGAGUGGGGUCCAGCGCUCACCAUUGACCAGUGUGUCUUCACGCGCGGAGGGUCCACCAUCAUCCUUCCCCGUGUGGCCAAUGUCGGCGCCAAGAGCUUCAGCCAGUCGGACCAAACCGAGAACCAGGCGCUCUGGAAUCUCUUCCCCGUCGAGACCCUUGAUCCUACCAACCGCAACAUCGACCAGCUCGAGAAGUUGGAGAAGACCGCCGCCAAAGAGACCGGAAGGUUCACCUCCAACCCUUCCAUGACCAACACCAUUCCCAAACUCAAGGCAGCAUCCCCAAGCCACGAGCGCCAUCGCAUCUAUGCCAACAUGCUCACCCUCGACGUCAUCAUGGAGACGCUCUGGACGCAUGGCCUCCUCAAGUCUGAUCGUUCGCUUGAUGGCGACCACAUAUCGGAAGGCGAGAGGUGGUCUAGAGCCAUCUUUCAGAACAAGAUGAUCAUGGGUGCCAGCCCUGUCCGCCGUCCUCGCGACUAUCCCCUUCCUGCCCAGCACCCUGCCAUCCGCAAAGCGCUCAAUGUGAUUGAGCCUCUCAAGGGCCUUGUGCUCCGCCUGGAACGCAAACUUCAGAUGGCUCACGACGUUUACUAUUCCUGCGGUGACUACAUCACGGCUAUACACGAGUACAUCAGUAUCCUCUUUGACCUGUACCCAUGGGUCUCGAGUCCUCUUAUCUUCAAAAACAACGAUGCGUUCCAGUUUGGUGUGGCCCAGCUCGAGUCCGCGGCAUGGCUCAAGCUCAGCCUUACCUGCCUCAAGCUCGCUCGCAUCACUAUGAACGGCAAGUGGUACUCUCACGCCCUCGACACGGCCAACGCCGUCAUCAACAUGCGCUUCACCACGUACCAGGCCCUGUCUAAAGCCCACUUCAUCGCAUACGAGGCCAAGGCCAACCUUUACGACUUUGACCCCCUCCCCUUGAGCCACUACUCGAACAAGCACCGCUGCCGUGCCGUCUCGGCCAUCGACUCGUAUAUCGUCGCCCAGGCGCUCAAGCUUGUCGAUGCCAGCGAGGACGAAUGGGUUCACAAGGACUCCGUCAAGACCCACACCUGCACCAAGCACCAGCACCGCGUCAUGGAAUUGAUGGCCAGUGGUGAGAUCCCCAGCGUCUCGAUCACCAUCCCCCACGGUUUGGACGUUAGCCUCAUCAUCAAGGCCGACUUCUCCGUCAAUGACGACUAA